AUGACAGAAAAAAUUCUGGAAAAGUUCGAUGCCCUGGAGGAGAAAGCAAGGAUACUUGCAGCCAUCAGGGAAAAGAAUAGGAACUGGCGUCUAAGAAAUAAGCCUUUGAUUACACCCAUGCUGUUUGACCAUCAUGUGAAGUGUGAAAACGCAAUUAUCCCAUCUGCAUUAAAGACGGUAGCAAAUAUCACAGAAGAUGAAUCAAAUGAUCUUAAGAAGUCAAAAAAGUCUGUGUCUUUCAAAUAUAAGCCUAAACCCAGAAGUGAUUUUGAAGAGUCAGAUUUAAGACCACCUACUCUUGCAACAGUUAUAAACUAUGAAGAAAGUAAAUUAAUGGAACACAAAGAAGAAAAUCUAAAACCAAGUUCUACAUCUCUUCGUUUUCUUAAAGAUAAAGAGACAGGAUACACACAGCCCUUGCCUCUGCCACCGCCUCAGUCUAGACACCCGUGUAAAAAAUCAGCAGAGUCUUCAAUCCUGUCUCCCACACUCAACAAAGUAUCCAGUGCUGGUAAGAAGGAAAAGGUCUCUCCCCCAUUUACAGACCAGAAUGAAAGCAGAGCUAAGAAGUCCACGCAUUCCACAGACCACUCAGCAGAUUCUAGUAAAAAUGGGAGAAAACACCGUCCAGAGGUGAAUAAUUUGAUUACAAAAGAAAGCGAAUUAACCAGAAAUGACCAAGCAAGAAUGACUCAUCCAGUCAAACAGAACAUCUUGUUUCCCCUGGACUGUGAGGAUCUACUGAAAGAUCCAAAAAUGAAGACAAUUGACCUUGGUCCAACAGAGACAGUGCAUACUUCUAUGGAAGAAAACCACGCAAGUCCAAUAAUUUUCUAUGACACUAAAUAUGUACAAAUGCUGUUCCAGACAAAAUGGUUUACCCCCUAUGCUCUGAAUUAUACAAAAAAGAAUACUGUUUUAGAAAAAAAUUGUGAAAUAGUCAAAACUUUAUUUAAUGAUGAACCAAGUACUGUUUCUAAACCUGAAAGUACUAAGUCUGUAGUCCAGCAGAAACGGUUGCGAGUCCUCUCUGGUGAACUGGCCCAAAAGAGUAUAAGCGAGAAACGAAAGAAGAAACAUGACAGUCUGGUUUCAAAGAAAAUAUCUCCGAACCCUCUUUAUAAUUUAUCCCAAACUUUUUCCAGCUUAAGCAAAAGAUUUGUUGGUUACUUUGAUAAAGAUGUUAUUCAAGAAAAGAGUGAUAAGGCAGACAAAUAUGAACAGUUUUCCAAAACAAAACCACCACCCACACGCAAAUUUACUACCUUACCUAUCAAGUAUGACUCCAAGCCUCUGAGAAAUAUACUUGAAAUACGUAAACUAAACAACAUAACUCCACUGGAUAACCUUCUAGGCUGA